CUCUUAAAGAUACUAUAGCUACACUAAUCGAAACAAAUUUUGAUACAGUUUGGGAAACGCCUCAAUGCAUACGAUUCUUAAUACGGUUCGAAAAAGUGAGUGAAAAAAUUCCACUCACAAAAAUGGAUGAAAAAUAUACGCGUAUUAUUAAAUAUGUAGAUAAGCAAGUGGAUCGGGUAAUAAAAAUGUUUAAAAGACAACGGGAUGAUCCACCUUUAGCUAGAAACUUUCCACCAAUAGCAGGACGUAUACAGUGGUCAAGAGCGUUAGACUCACAUAUAACAGAAUUAAUGAUAGCAGUGACAGAGCAUCCUGUACUUAGUAAAUUACCACAGACAAAAGAUUUAGAAAAUCGUUAUAAUUAUGUAGUAGGCGUAUUAGACGAAUAUGAAGAGGAAAUAAUCUCGAUAUGGCUGGAUCAAGAUGUAAGCGUGGCUGAUGCUUGUCUCUUACAGCCUUUGCUAGGUCUGCAGGGGGACCGUCUUUUCGUCAAUUUACAUCCGACAAUACCUUUACUUAUACGUGAAGCAAAAAUGUUGGCAAAAUUAGAAAUAGAGCUACCCAUUGUUGCUGCUACACUAAUGAGCCGUCAAGAAUACUUUAAUACUAUACAGGAUUCAUUAAAUAAUCUUAUCAAAAUGUUUUUGACAACUGUACGCGGAGUAAAGUUAGAAGUGCGCCCAUUGUUCUUACCACAAUUGGUACGUCUGACGGCUAUGCUAAAACCUGGCCUACACACAAUCAAUUGGACGAAUCAAAACUGGACACAAUUCUAUGAACGCUGCAAGCAGGCAAUUGAAACUUUUGAUGUACUUGUCGCACGAGUGCACGACAUUUACUCCAAUCGCAUACUAAAUGUACUCAUGUGGAUGCAGGAUGUCUCACUGCAGAUAUUACCAGCAGAUGAUGAAAUCUGGACUGUGGAAGAAUUUUUAGAAAAAAAUGAAGAAGCAUGCAGACAAGCGGCAAUCGAAUUAAAUCGCAAGAGCCAAAUGGUGUCUGAAGCCGUUGAAGAAGUUCUGAAUUUGGUCGAUAAGGCAACGGAAAAAUUCAAGGAAAUCGCUGGUGAUGAUAUUGUUACCUUGUUUGAUGCUUCGCCGAAAGAACAACAAACUUCUGCAAGAAAAGGUGAAGAAAGUGCACGCGCUGGCACAAGUGCAGCUGCUGCAGCGACUAAUGGUGUCGCUGGUGGUGGUAGUGGUGGUGGCGCUGGUAGUGGUGGUGGCAACACCAACCAGCAACAGGACUGGAGCAUUUUGUGGUCUUGCUUUGAAAACCCACUGACACUUUUAUCCACAACUGAAAGUCUGCCAAAGGGAAUGCAGGACAUGGUCUGUAAUGCAGUUGUUGAAAUGCGCCGCUAUUACAGUCGUAAAGUGAUUGAUGUGCUCAUUAAAGUAAUAAGAGCUGCAUUGGAUACGAUUCGUCGCCGCUUCAUCUCAGAUGAGAACGAUUUGACUCCCAAGAAACCGAUUUUUGCAUUAUCUGCACAUCUUCGUAUACCGAACGUUGUUAUUAGACCCAAUUUGGAUGAACUUCAAGAUAUACUUAUAACUGCGGGUAAAACUAUAACGAGCAUUGCCAAAGGUGUAGCACAGUGGACUAGUGGUAAAGAAAAUCCGCAAGUUUCCAUUACGCCUCAACCUCGCGUUGGUCGUAACCGCAGUAAUGAAAAUAACGCUCGGUCACGAAGGCGGAAAUUAUAUUGCUUAGCCUCAGAAGAACGUCCGCAAAUGCCGCACAUGUUGAAGUCAUUCUAUUCUGCUAUAAUGGAUAACAAGGAAGUCGCAAAAACCCUUAAUCAACUCUCGAAUUGUAUCAAAAAUAUAAAACCUGAUAUACAAACAUAUGUAAAACGUUGGAAACCAUAUCACUUCCUGUGGAAAAAUGAAAGAACCACUCGUCAGCUUAUGGAAUUUGGCUUGCAAGAAUUUGAGACCACUUUACGUUCCUUAUCUGAUUUGGAUGCUAAUUUAUUAAUUGAACCUGACAUGGAGGUGUUUGGACAAUGCAUAGCUGUUUCCAAUGAACGUCUCAAAUAUGGUUUGGCUAUCGAAAUAAAAUCAUGUACACAUAAAAUUGGUCAGGCCAUGAAGAAGAAAUAUAAGAAAGAAAUGGACUAUGUGUAUGCUGUCAUAAAUGAAAUGGAUCGUAAACUAGAUCGUCCAAUACGUGACUUGGACGACGUGCGCAUGAUUAUGGAAACUCUAAGUAAGAUAAGAGAACAAGAAGUUGAUAUGGAAUUACGUAUAGACCCUAUUGAAGAAGCUUUUAAUGUGCUUACCCGAUAUGAUAUACAAGUUGAACGUGAACAGUUCGAUUUGGUAGAUAAUUUACGUGCAACUUUUCAAAAUCUGUUGUCAUGUGCGCUACAAGCUCAAGUUAAAUUGCUUGAAAUGCAGCCAUCUUUCCAGGAUGAUUUGAAGAAUAAUCUUUCUAAAUUUAAACAAGAUAAGAUUGAUUAUGUUAAUGAAUAUCGUACAGCUGGUCCAAUGCAGGCGGGUCUAACACCACGUGAAGCUUCCGAUCGUCUAAUACUAUUUCAAAAUCGGUUUGAGGGUAUGUGGCGCCGUCUGCAAGCCUAUCAGAGUGGUGAGGAAUUAUUCGGCUUACCGCAAACAGAUUAUCCUGAACUCGGUCAAAUACGCAAAGAACUUAAUCUAUUACAAAAAUUAUAUAAACUCUAUAAUGAUGUUAUUGAUCGUGUUAGCAGUUACUAUGACAUACCUUGGAAUGAAGUUGAUAUUGAAGAGAUUAACAAUGAACUAAUGGAGUUCCAAAAUCGUUGUAGAAAACUGCCUAAAGGUUUGAAAGAGUGGCCUGCUUUCCACGCGCUUAAGAAAACUAUUGAUGAUUUCAACGACAUGUGCCCAUUGCUUGAGCUUAUGGCGAACAAAGCAAUGAAACCACGGCAUUGGCAGCGGAUUAUGGAUGUUACACAGUAUAUAUUUGAAUUUGAUUCUGAAGGAUUCUCGUUAAAGAAUAUACUUGAAGCUCCACUACUUAAGCACAAGGAGGAUAUUGAGGAUAUAUGCAUAAGUGCUAUGAAAGAGAAAGAUAUUGAAGCUAAGCUAAAACAAGUGACUAAUGAAUGGUCAGUACAUGAGCUGCAGUUUAUGAGUUUCAAUAAUCGUGGCGAACUAUUGUUACGAGGUGAUACAACUGCUGAAACUAUAGGUCAAUUGGAAGAUAGUUUAAUGGUUUUGGGUUCAUUGCUGUCAAAUCGUUAUAAUGCACCAUUUCGCAAACAAAUCCAACAAUGGGUCUUUGAUUUAUCUAACUCGAAUGAGAUACUUGAACGUUGGUUGCUUGUGCAAAAUAUGUGGGUAUAUUUAGAGGCUGUAUUUGUAGGCGGUGAUAUAGCUAAACAAUUACCGAAAGAAGCCAAACGUUUCUCUAAAAUUGAUAAAUCUUGGCAAAAAAUAAUGCAACGUGCACAUGAGACGCCAGGCGUCGUGGCAUGUUGUGUCGGCGAUGAUUUACUUAAACAAUUAUUACCACAUCUACAGGAGCAACUUGAAAUUUGUCAAAAAUCGUUAAGUGGAUAUUUGGAGCGCAAACGUAUGAUGUUUCCACGUUUCUUUUUUGUAUCGGAUCCAGCACUAUUGGAAAUAUUGGGUCAAGCAUCAGACUCACACACCAUACAAAAUCAUUUGCUCUCCAUUUUUGAUAAUACUCGUAAAGUGAAAUUUCACGAUAUUGAAUAUAAUAAGAUGAUGGCAAUUAUUUCAAGCGAGGGCGAAACUAUACAACUUGAUCGCGCUAUACGUGCGGAGGGUUCUGUUGAGACAUGGCUUACUCAAUUACUGGUCACAGCACAGCAGUCAUUACACUCGAUUAUUAGAACCGCUUAUGCGACUAUUAAUGAUCCAAAUUUUACUUUGUUGGGCUUUUUAGAGAAAGUGCCAGCCCAAAUUGGUUUACUUGGCAUACAAAUGAUUUGGACACGCGACGCGGAAAUGGCACUGAUGCAGGCCAGAGUUGAGAGAAAAGUCAUGUCAGAGACAAAUAAUAAAUUUUUAGAAAUGCUUAAUACACUUAUAGAUCAAACAACGCGUAAUUUGACGAAAAUGGAACGCACCAGUUUCGAGACGUUAAUAACGAUACACGUACAUCAACGGGACAUAUUUGAUAUUUUGUGCCGCAUGAACAUAAAGUCGGCGAAUGAUUUUGAGUGGUUAAAGCAAUGUCGAUUUUAUUUUAAGGAAGAUUUAGACAAAACUUGGAUAUCAGUGACAGAUGUAACAUUUACGUACCAAAAUGAAUAUUUGGGUUGUACGGAUCGUUUAGUAAUUACGCCACUUACAGAUCGCUGUUAUAUUACAUUGGCACAAGCGUUAACCCUGAGUAUGGGCGGUGCACCAUGUGGACCAGCAGGUACUGGCAAAACGGAAACCGUCAAGGAUAUGGGCAAGACAUUGGCUAAAUAUGUUGUGGUAUUUAAUUGCUCUGAUCAAAUGGAUUACAGAGGCCUCGGGCGUAUUUACAAGGGACUUGCACAAUCUGGCACUUGGGGCUGUUUUGAUGAAUUCAAUCGCAUUGAGUUGCCUGUUCUAUCUGUGGCAGCGCAACAAGUGGCUGUUGUUUUAACAGCCAAGAAAGAGAAGAAAAAAUCAUUUUUAUUUACUGAUGGCGACACCAUCGAAAUGAAUCCAGAAUUCGGUAUCUUUAUAACAAUGAAUCCUGGUUAUGCGGGUCGCAAGGAAUUACCAGAGAAUUUAAAGAUACAGUUCCGCACAGUUGCUAUGAUGGUGCCGGACAGACAAAUUAUUAUACGUGUCAAGUUGGCGUCAUGUGGUUUCCUUGAAAAUAUAACAUUGGCACGUAAAUUUUACACUUUAUACAAGCUGUGCGAAGAGCAGCUGACAAAGCAGGUGCAUUAUGAUUUUGGUCUCAGAAAUAUAUUGUCUGUGCUACGGACAUUGGGUGCAGCAAAGCGGAGGAACUCAAAGGAUAGCGAGAGUACGAUUGUGAUGCGAGUCCUACGCGAUAUGAAUUUAUCAAAACUAAUAGAUGAGGAUGAGCCGUUAUUCAUAUCGUUGGUUUCGGAUUUGUUUCCCAAUCAGACCCUUGAAAAGACUAACUAUCCCGAACUGGAGGCUGCCAUUGCACAACAAGCAGAAGAGGCUAGUUUAGUCUAUCAUCCUCCGUGGGUUCUUAAGCUGAUACAAUUAUAUGAGACUCAAACUGUUCGGCAUGGCAUAAUGACAUUAGGUCCAAGUGGUGCGGGUAAAACUACUUGCAUUCACACACUCAUGAAAGCACUGACACAAAUGGGUGAUAAUCAUCGUGAGAUGCGAAUGAAUCCAAAAGCCAUAACUGCAGCACAAAUGUUUGGCCGUUUGGAUGUGGCUACAAAUGAUUGGACUGAUGGCAUAUUUUCAGCACUUUGGCGCAAAACUUUAAAAUUGAAGAGUGGUGAGCAUGUCUGGCUUGUAUUAGAUGGUCCAGUUGAUAGUAUUUGGAUAGAGAAUUUGAAUUCAGUACUUGAUGAUAAUAAGACGUUGACAUUAGCUAAUGGUGAUCGUUUGACAAUGGCACCAACUGUAAAAAUAAUAUUCGAACCACACAAUAUAGAUAAUGCUUCACCGGCGACAGUAUCCCGAAAUGGUAUGGUAUACAUGAGCUCGUCAGGCUUAGAUUCUAGACCAAUUGUACAAGCUUGGUUGAAAAACCGUGCGCCUGGAGAGAAGACUGUCUUCUGGGAACUAUUUGAACAAACGUUCGUGCAGGUUUAUAAUUGGGGUACACAGAAUCUAAAAUUAUUGAUGCCGGUCCUGCAGUGUAAUAUAGUGCAACAAAUGCUUUUCAUACUUGAAGGGUUAGUGCCGGUUAAAAAGGAAGAUGAACAGGCUGUGAGCAUGUCUAGCAAGGAAAGUAAUGAUGUCGCUGAAGAAGCAGUAGAUGAGAAAGAAGAUACAUGCACUCCCGAACAACUACAUCGUUUAUAUAUAUUUGCGCUUGCUUGGGGUAUGGGUGCCUAUUUAAGUACUACCGAUCGUUUGAAAAUGAACAAAUAUAUCAAAGAAUCGUUUCCAAAUUUGGAUUAUGCUAAGAGCGUUGGCAGUGAUAAUACCAUAUAUGAUUUCUUCGUAUCCGCGACAGGUGUUUGGCAACCAUGGAAAUCACUGGUUACGCCUUACAUGUAUCCAGAACUUUCAACGCCAGAUUAUUUGAGUAUACUAGUACCAAUAGUUGACAAUGUACGCAUUGAUUAUUUAGUUGGUACAAUUGCAAAUCGUGAGCGUUCUGUUAUGCUGAUUGGUGAACAAGGAACGGGCAAGACAGUGAUAAUGAAAAAUUUUAUGAAGAAAAUGAGCCCGGAAACACAUAUGGGUCGUUCAUUUAAUUUUUCGUCAGCUACUACCCCAUAUCAAUUUCAGCGCACUAUCGAAAGUUAUGUUGAAAAACGUGUUGGAGUUACGUUUGGUCCGCCUGGUAAUCGUAAGUUGAUAGUUUUUAUAGAUGACAUUAACUUGCCCGAAAUCAAUGAGUGGGGCGAUCAGAUAACAAAUGAAAUAGUGCGCCAAUCAAUGGAUAUGAAAGGGUUUUACAGUUUAGAGAAGCCUGGCGACUUUACUUCGGUUAUAGAUGUGCAAUAUGUUGCUGCUAUGGGUUUGCCUGGUGGUGGACGCAAUGACAUACCUUCACGUUUAAAACGACAAUUCUGUGUUUUCAAUUGUAACAUACCUGAUAAUGACUCUAUUGAUAAAAUCUUUCGUGUUAUUGGUGAAGGACAUUAUAAUGCUAAGCGUGGUUUCAUACCCGAAGUGCGUAAUCUGGUAAAAAAACUAAUUAUACAUACGCGUACUUUGUGGCAACGAACACGUGAAAAAUUAUUGCCAACACCGGCGAAAUUUCAUUAUGUUUUUAGUUUGCGUGAUUUAUCGCGCAUAUGGCAGGGCAUGGUGGGUACUUUGUCGACAGUCAUCACAUCUGAGAGUGUUUUAAUGGCGUUGUGGAAGCAUGAGUGCACUCGUGUAUUUGCCGAUCGUUUUACAACUUUUCAGGAUAAAGAGUGGUUUAGCUCUGAGCUGGCAUGUUUGGUGCGCGUAGAACUGAGCGAAGCGCAUUUACAAAUGAUUAUGGCAAAUCCAGUGUUUGUGGACUUUAUGCGGGACGCUCCUGAACCGACAGGGGAGGAGGGAGAAGAUGCUGAUAUGGAGCUACCCAAGGUCUACGAACCUGUUAAUUCUCAUGAAGUACUCCGCGAGCGUCUGGUAAUGUUCCUCGCACAAUUCAAUGAAAUGGUGCGUGGCUCUGGGAUGGAUUUGGUUUUCUUCCCAGAUGCAAUGUUGCAUUUGGUUAAGAUUUCCCGAAUCAUUCGGCAUCCGAGGGGAAAUGUCAUGCUUGUCGGGGUCGGUGGAUCCGGUAAACAAUCAUUAACUAAAUUGGCAUCUUUUAUAGCUGGCUACAAAACAUUCCAAAUUGCACUAACACGUUCCUAUAAUGUGGCCAAUUUUUUAGAAGAUUUAAAAUUAUUAUAUCGUGCUUGUGGUGUACAGGGAAAAGGUACAACUUUCCUUUUCACUGAUAUGGAUAUAAAGGAGGAAGGUUUUCUUGAGUACCUGAAUAAUAUAUUAUCAUCAGGUGUUAUAUCGAAUCUGUUCUCACGCGAUGAACAGGCAGAAAUAGUACAAGAACUCACACCUGUUAUGAAACGUGAAAAUCAACGCAAAACAGCGACCCCGGAAAGUGUGAUGGAAUUCUUUUUGGCACGUACGCUUGCCAAUUUACAUGUGGCCUUUUGUUUCUCACCCGUCGGUGAAACAUUUCGAUCGAGGGUGCAACGCUUCCCGGCUUUAGUAUCUGGCUGCACCAUCGAUUGGUUCCAACCAUGGCCGAAGGAUGCACUCGUCUCGGUUGCAAGACACUUUCUGAGUGACUUUGAAAUUGAGUGUACGCCAACCGUCAAAGAAGAAUUAGUUAAUGCGCUUGGCUCAAUACAAGAUAUUGUUGCAGAAACUUCGCUUGAAUAUUUUCAGCGUUUCCGGCGUGCUACACAUGUAACACCAAAAUCGUAUCUAAAUUUUAUAGCCGGCUACAAGAGCAUCUAUCAACAACAGCAAAAAGAACUUGGUGAUGGUGUGGAGAAAAUGGAUACUGGCUUAGAAAAACUAAAGGAAGCUUCUGCUUCUGUUGAAAUAUUGAAAAAAGAUUUAGUUGUUAUGGAAGAAGAAUUAGUAGAGGCUUCAAAGAAGGCAGAAUCUGUGUUGGUUGAAGUAACUGAACGUGCAAUGCAAGCUGAAAUUGUGAAAAAUCAAGUGCUUAUCGUAAAAGAUAAGGCUGAAGCUUUGGUUGCUUGCAUCGCACAAGAAAAGGCAUUAGCCGAAGAAAAACUAGAAGCAGCUAAGCCAGCUCUUGAAGAAGCAGAAAAUGCUCUCAAUACCAUCAAACCAGCACAUAUAGCAACUGUGCGUAAAUUGGGACGACCACCACACUUAAUUAUGCGCAUAAUGGACUGCGUAUUGAUUUUGUUUAAACGUAAAUUGCAUCCUUGUAUACCAGAUUCGGGUACACCAUGUCCAAAGCCAUCUUGGCAAGAAUCAUUAAAGAUGAUGGCUAGCGCCACAUUUUUGUUACAAUUGCAAAACUACCCAAAGGAUACUAUAAAUGAUGAAAUGAUCGAUCUUUUGCAACCUUACUUUCGGAUGGAAGACUAUAAUAUGGAUAUGGCCAGAAGAGUUUGUGGUGAUGUUGCUGGUCUGUUGUCAUGGACUAAGGCAAUGUCUUUCUUUCAUAGUGUUAACAAAGAAGUAUUACCACUGAAGGCAAACUUAACUUUACAGGAGGCGCGUUUGAAGCUUGCUAUGGACGAUCUAGCCGGUGCCGAAGAGCAAUUACGUGAACGAGAAGAAGCACUGCAAGCUGUUAAGAAUCAGUACGACGAGGCAGUAGGUGAAAAGCAGCGUUUAACAGAUGCAGCCAAUGUAUGCUUACGUAAGAUGACUGCAGCUACUGCGCUCAUUAAUGGUCUCUCGGAUGAAAAGCAUCGUUGGACAAAUCAAAGCAAAGAGUUUAAAAUUCAACUGGGAAAGCUAGUUGGUGAUGUGUUAUUAGCUACCGGAUUUCUUUCAUAUUGUGGUCCAUAUAAUCAAGAGUUUCGUGCAAAUCUGAUUAAAACUUGGAUGGGCAUACUUAAGCACAAAAGCAUACCAUUUACCACAGGCUUAAAUCUAAUAAGUAUGUUAGUCGACUCAUCGACAGUGUCUGAAUGGACUUUGCAGGGCUUACCAAAUGAUGAGUUAUCAGUGCAAAAUGCUUUGAUAGCUACUAAAUCAAGUAGUUACCCACUUUUAAUUGAUCCACAAACACAAGGCAAAAUUUGGAUAAAAUCAAAAGAGGAUCAAAAUGAGUUACAAAUAACAUCACUUAAUCAUAAAUAUUUCCGUACACAUUUAGAGGACUCUUUGUCAUUGGGUCGUCCACUAUUAAUCGAAGAUGUAGGCACAGAAUUGGAUCCCGUUAUUGAUAAUGUGCUGGAGAAAAAUUUUAUUAAGUCUGGCAGUAUCGAGAAGGUGUUGGUUGGUGAUAAGGAAUGUGAUGUCAUGCCUGGAUUUAUGCUAUACAUAACAACAAAAUUACCGAAUCCACCAUUCAGUCCAGAAGUGAGCGCAAAAACUUCAAUUAUAGAUUUCACAGUUACUAUGCGUGGUUUAGAAGAUCAGUUAUUAGGUCGUGUUAUAUUAAUGGAGAAAUCAGAAUUGGAAGCAGAACGUGUAGCACUCUUUGAAACUGUUAUGCAAAAUCAACGCAACAUGAAGGAAUUGGAAGGUAAUCUAUUGUAUCGCUUAAGUUCCUCACAGGGUUCGCUGGUAGAUGAUGAGGCACUUAUUGAAGUUUUGCGUGUAACUAAAACCACAGCUGAAGAGGUAAACCAGAAGUUAAAAAUAUCUGAAGUAACUGAAAGGAAAAUUAUGAAAGCACGUGAAGAGUUUCGUGCAGUGGCAGCAAGAGGCUCUAUACUUUAUUUUCUAAUUGUUGAAAUGAGUAACGUAAAUGUAAUGUACCAGAACUCUUUAAAACAGUUUUUAGUUAUAUUCAACAAUUCUAUUACAAAAUCUACAAAGUCAAGUGUCACUGAGGAGCGCAUUAACAUUAUAUUACGUUAUUUAACUUAUGAAGUAUAUAAGUUUACCAAUCGCAGUUUAUAUGAGCGACAUAAGCAACUCUUUACAUUGAUGCUUGCCAUUAAGAUUGAUUACCACAAUGGCAUCAUCAGUCAUGAGGAGUUCAUGGCAUUUAUAAAGGGCGGUGCAUCCUUGGAUCUCAAUGCUGUUACACCAAAACCUUUUCGCUGGAUAUUAGAUAUAACAUGGCUUAAUUUAGUUGAGAUUAGUAAAUUGGAAACAUUUUCCAAUGUACUAGAAAUGAUUGAAUUAAAUGAGAAAGAAUGGCGAGUUUGGUAUGAAGCAGAGAAGCCGGAAAGUGAAGAAAUACCCUGCGGUUACCAGAUCUCUCUAGAUGGUUUUCGAAAGUUACUAUUAAUACGUUCAUGGUGUCCAGAUCGUACUAUUUCGCAGGCUAAACGUUAUAUUGAGGAAUCACUUGGCUCAGAAUAUGGAGAAAUGCAAAUAUUAGAUCUUGAAGCUACUUGGCUUGAAUCUGAACCGCGUACACCAUUUGUUUGCUUAUUAUCUAUAGGUUCCGAUCCUACCACGCAAAUUGGAGCAUUAGCAAAACAGAAAACCAUACCACUUAAAAGCGUUUCAAUGGGUCAAGGUCAGGAAUUUCAUGCGCGCAAAAUGAUAUUGGAAUCAAUGGCUGGUGGUGGUUGGGUAUUGCUACAAAAUGUACACCUUUCGCUACCAUUUUGUGCGGAAAUUAUUGAUAUGUUAGUCGAGACAGAACACAUUGAUGAAACAUUUCGCAUGUGGGUCACAACAGAGCCGCAUACAGAUUUUCCAAUUGGUUUGUUGCAAAUGGCAAUUAAAUUUACGAAUGAACCACCACAAGGCAUAAGGGCAAGCAUGAAGCGUAGUUAUCAGUCGUUCACUCAAGAUUUUCUUGAUUACACUUCCGCACCACAAUGGCCACCGCUGCUUUACACUGUCGCUUUUUUACAUACCAUAGUGCAGGAGAGACGAAAAUUUGGCCCACUUGGUUGGAAUGUCCCAUAUGAGUUUAACCAAGCUGAUUUUGCUGCUAGCGUGCAAUUCGUACAAAAUCAUCUUGAUGAAAUGGAUCCCAAGAAGGGUGUCUCUUGGCAGACAUUAGUAUACAUGAUUGGUGAAGUGCAGUAUGGCGGACGUGUAACUGAUGACUUUGACAAACGUCUGCUGACAACAUUUACAGCUGUUUGGUUUUGUGAGGCUUUGUUGACGAAUUCUUUUGAGUUUUAUAAAGGAUAUAAAGUACCAAGCACAAAGAAUUUACAAGGAUUUAUUGAUUAUAUUAAUAGCUUACCAGCUUAUGAUACGCCAGAAGUUUUUGGCUUGCACUCAAAUGCGGAUAUUACAUAUCAGAUUAAUUCAGCGAAAGAAGAAACAAUGUCGGUGGGAUCAAGAGGAAUACCAGGGACUGAAGAAAGUUCAAUAAAUCCUCCAAUGUGCUCCUAUCGUCAGACAAUUGAAUACGUAGAGAAAUGGUCCUUCAGAUAUCACGGUGGCAAGGACACCUUAGAUUUCAUCGAACACAUAGAGGAACUAGCAGACAUGUACAACAUCGAUGUAAAUCAAAUUCCUCGAACAAUGCCUCUACUCCUCGAAGGCGAAGCACUAGAAUGGUUUCGCAAUAACAAUUGUCGUUGGUCACUUUGGACACGUUUCAAGUACGAUUUCUUAUCAUUUUUCAUUUCUGCUAGAUAUUUAGAGAACCUACAGGAUGAUGUAAUAUCCCGCCAUCAAAAACCCAAUGAGAAUUUCAAAACAUAUUUAAUUAACAUCAAAAAUCUUAUGCGACGAGCCUGCACAAAUCCAGAUUCGCAAUUAGAGCGAAUAUAUCAAAACAUGAGCGCAGACUACCGAAUCUUUAUCAGACGUCGAGAUUUUUCCAGCUUAGAAGAAUUAAAAAUACUUGCUGAUGACUUCGAAGAGCUUCGCAGAGAACAGCAUAAAGUGAAUCGGGACGGUACACGAAAAGAAACUAUGGGCAGGUGCAUCGUAGUGGAGUGCUCAGAAACGAUGCCAUUACAAAAUACUAUGAGAUGCAUACCCACUACGCCAAUACGGGAUAAACUUAUCCAGCAUCAUAAAUCAGAGCCACCUAUCUUGAACAAGCAACAGAACCGACCGACGGCAAAGCAAACAACAGCAGUAAGAACUAGAAUUACCAAUCCAUCAACAGAAUUAUUACCUAAGCCAAGCAUAAUAACACAGCACAAGCAAUGUAAAAAUUAUUUAGAGCAAAUGUCAUGCAAAUGUCUCGUACCAUCGCAAGAUCCAGAACCAAGCAAAGAAACCCCAGAAGUGUAUGAUUUACACCAACAGGAACUCAUACAAAUUCAAGAGAUACAACAAGUGCAAAGUGAAGAAUUACAGCGAAUGCAAAAUCCAAAACCUGUCAAUAAAACUCCAGAAAUACCUAAGCAACAGUCAGUCAGACAAGAUCAACGAGUUUUACCAGUUCAACAGCAUGUCGAACAACUACAGCAAAAACGGCAACGCGAGACGCCAAACAAAAGAAAUCUAGAAAGAAUUAACCUAGUCCAAGUCAUACAAGAUAAACCGAUGUUUCAAAUACCACCACCACAAAGACUUCAACAUGUUACAACUACUGAAGAAUAUACACAGGUGCAAGAGACACAUUCACAACGAAAUCCACCGCUUCAAGAAGAACAACUUAGGAGACCAUCGACUAAAUUAGUAAGAACAUCGUUACUUUCCAUACCUCACGAUCAAGUACACUCAGAGACGUCGCUAAUACCGCGACAGGAAAUGUCCGUCAAGCAAUCAGAUCAAUGUCAACAGGAGAUUAAAGUCAUCGAAAAUAAAACUACACAACAUCGAAUGACCCACAAAACCCCAAGUCCCAUUCAAGAAUCACAACGAGUUUCACAUCAAGGAAAAGAUAAUUCUACUCAACUGAGAGAAAAAGUAAAGAUCCCUAUGAUGCAAAUAAAAGAACAAUGUCCACCAAUAUGUGAGAGACCACGUAGGUUACCUCCAGACAAGCUAGCAGCAGCAAAAGAAGAAUUCCAAAACUUAGUCACAGCCGGAAUAUGCCGUCCAUCAAGCAGCAAUUGGGCUAGCCCCUUACAUAUGGUAAAAAAACCAGACGGUAGUUGGAGACCUUGCGGAGAUUACCGUCGCUUAAAUGCAAUCACCAUCCCAGAUCGUUACCCAGUUCCUCACAUACAUGAUUUUGCACACAUGCUAUAUAACCAAAAAGUUUUUUCAACCAUCGACCUGAUUAAGGCAUAUCACCAGAUACCAGUUGAACCGGGGGAUAUUCCAAAAACGGCGAUCAUAACUCCAUUUGGAUUAUUUGAAUUUACUAACAUGACAUUCGGACUUUGCAAUGCAGGUCAAACAUUUCAACGCUUCAUUCACGAAGUAUUACGAGAUCUCGAAUUUGCCUUUGCCUAUAUUGACGACGUCAUUAUUGCAUCAGCAAACGAGGAAGAGCACAGGCAACACUUGCAACAAGUAUUCGAACGAUUCAGAAAACAUGGUUUAAUAAUAAACGUAUCAAAAUGCGUUUUUGCUCAAAACACAGUAAAAUUUCUUGGUUAUCUCAUCAGUGAAAAGGGCAUUCAACCUCUACCAGAUCGAGUGAAGAGCAUCAGCGAGUUCGUACCAAACGCUGUAGAUUCUCAAACUGCACUUCAACAAAUGAUAAAAGGAAACAAGAAGAACGACAACACACCGUUAUGCUGGACCGAAGUGAACAAAACAAUCUUCCAAAAAUGUAAAGAUGAACUAACAAACUCGACACUACUUGUUCAUCCGUCAAAAACUGCUACGCUUGCAUUACAAGUAGACGCCUCGGAUAAAGCUCUCGGCGCAGUUCUUCAUCAAGUGACAGACAGCACGUUCCAACCACUCGGUUUUUUCUCUAAACGAUUAACAGAUACACAAAAACGAUACAGCACAUACGAUCGUGAGUUGUUAGCCGCAUAUCAGGGCAUAAAACAUUUUCGACAUAUGUUAGAAGGUCGUGAAUUCGUAUUAAUAACUGACCACAAGCCACUCACGUUCGCAUUCCAGCAAAAGUCCGACAAGGCUUCACCACGUCAAGUCCGUCAGCUUGAUUAUAUAGGUCAAUUUACAACGAAUAUCGUUCAUGUCAGCGGAAAAGACAACAUCCCAGCAGAUUUUCUCUCGCGGAUAGAUAGUAUUAGCAUCCCAAAAAUCGACUACGAUUUUUCAACUGGGCGAAUUCGUCCUUACAUUCCGCAGAAAUACCGGCUACAUAUCUUUAAAGCUACGCAUGGGUUGUCUCAUCCCAGCAUUCGGGGCACAACAAAAAUGAUAGCUGAAAAAUUUUUCUGGCCUUCUAUAAAUGCUGAUAUCAGAAACUGGACCCGACAAUGUAUCCCAUGCCAACGUUCUAAAGUGCAACGUCACAACCGUUCACCUAUUUGUCAAUAUGAACUCGCUGAACACAGAUUCGAACAUAUAAACAUAGAUAUCGUCGGCCCGCUACCACCAUCAAACAACUGCACAUAUAUAUUAACCAUCAUCGACCGUUUCAGCCGAUGGCCAGAAGCAAUUCCGAUCCCUGAUCAAACAGCGGAAACCAUCGCAAACGCACUGAUUACUCAAUGGAUCGCACGUUUUGGCGUACCCUUACGUAUCACAACAGACCAAGGAAGACAAUUUGAAUCUUCAUUGUUCAACCAACUAGCUGAAGUUAUCGGUUGCAAACACUUACGAACUACGAGUUACCAUCCUCAAAGUAACGGAAUGGUGGAACGAUUUCACCGCACAUUAAAAGCAGCCUUAAUGUGCCACCAAACAACUUCUUGGACAGAAGUUUUACCAAUAGUAUUGUUAGGUCUACGCACGACUUUUAAACCAGACAUUGGAGCUUCUGCUGCUGAAAUGCUAUAUGGCCAAACUCUACGUUUACCGGGCGAAAUAGUAAGCAACCCUAGCCACAGAAAUAUAAAUCAACACGAUUUCAUAACCAAGCUAAGAGAACAAAUGCAGAGCGUCAAGGCAACGUUGGUAUCGCAUCAUAUAGACCGAGGCUACCACAUCCAACCGGCUCUAAGCUCAGCCACGCAUGUAUUUAUACGAAAUGACAAGGUAAAACCACUAUUGACGCAACCUUACGAUGGUCUUUACCAAAUGCUAGAGCGAAAUGACAAGACGUUUAGAAUACUGAUCGAAAACAAAGAACAAACAGUUAGCAUAGAUCGUCUUAAAGCUGCUUUCAUAUGUCUCGAUACAGACAUUGACAUCCACAACAAAUCAAUGGUAUACCACACUCCAAACAACGUUAAUGGCGACCAGUCUGUGCGACCAAAUACAACAGCUAACCUGAUAAAAUCAGGACGCAACGUUCGCUUUCCAACCAAAUUCAGUGACUCCAUCACUUAG